AUGGAAGAACCAGUUAAAGACAACGCAGGUGGACCAUUGAUAACGAACGAUGACGUUAUAACAUACGGACAUCCGAAAGUCAGCAAAAAUGUCGUAUUUGGUAUAGGAGACAUGCCUGCAGGCAGGACCAAUAAUAUUGUUAGCAAGUCGGCUCUAAAGAAUAAACAAAAACUAGCAGACAGACACAGUUCAAAACCAAGUCAAAUACCAAGAUACAGAUAUCACCAAAAAGAACCACCAAUAUUAGAAAUACCAACAAAGUCAAUCACAGAAUAUGGAAUAAAAAUAGAAAAACCACGCCAUCUUCGUUCAGACAUGCAAUCUGAAUCAAGUUCGGCGAUUAUAACUAAAGUACUUUUAGAAGAAAUCAGGGGACGUCAUAAAAUUGGGAGUGAUCGUUUAAACGAAUGGCUAAUGGAAUCUGCUACGGACUACUUAAGGCCAAUAGCGAAUUGUUUGGGUGCAAGUAAUAUAUCCAGCACAAUGGUACCACAAACAAGUCAAAGCGAAUGUGAUGUUAAUACAAGAAUGAGUAUAGAAAAAAGAUUGAUAGAAGCUUUAUCUAAUAAAAAUCAUAAUGCUAUUAUAGCAUUGGAUAAGAACAUGCCCUACAUUACUUUUGAGGAUUUGGAUUUAGAUAUGAGACCUGAACAGGAUCUUUCUAAUAAUGAUCACUUAAAAGGUGAUCAUCUUACAGAAAAAGAAAACAACGAUUUGUCUGGAACAACUUAUGACGGAAAUGAACAUAUGCCUACAACAUCUUAUAUUGACUGUCCUUCUGAGAUUCUUCAAAGGAUGACAAAUCUGGAAGCUGAAGGUUACGAUAUUGCAAGCACUGUAUCUGGAACUGAUAUAGAAAUUCGUGAUGAUUUCCUAAGCAAUUAUAAUUUCGAACAAGCAUACUCUAGCCUAAUGGAAGGUCGCAGUGAAAAUUGGAUUCUUGACAAUUGUAAUGAUAGCUUAUGUUGUAUUGAGGAGCCUCAUCCAGAGGAGCCAAAUAUUUGCAAAUUAUGUGCAUCUCAUACUGAAACUAAGAAACAACAGAAAGGUGCAUGUGAUUCUCAUGAUUACCAGCACCAUUACUGCUGGAGGCGGGAAGUUGCAAAGCGAUGCAGCGAUAGAAGCGUACGAUACAGGGGACGCUGCAAAAAGUGCCAUAAACAUAGAAACAAUCAGAUACGAAUUCCUCGACCGUUCAUAACGUUUACAAAGCACUUCUCCGUGGGAAGGAUCUGCCGAAGACGGUGGAACCUCAUGUGGAAAGGCACCGCAGAGAGAUGGGCCAGCAAACCUAAGUCACAUUCAAAGUGCAGAACUUUUGCCACAAUGCUGGAUUUGCAAAGGUCCGGGUUCUGGGAAAAUGCCGACGUCCAAACGACCGUGUUGCUCUACCAUGAAGCAGGGACGGACGCCAUCGCUAAGGAGCAGAAAUCCACUGGCAUUGUACCUCCUACUAAGUUAUAUUCUGAGGCCUACACUAAAAUUGAAUCAGACAAGUCCAUUUGUAAAAAUCAAUCGCCAAAACAUCAGUCUCAAGUGGGACCUUCAGCGGGCAUACACAUCAAAAACACGAAAAACAAUUCACUGGAAGAACCGAUAACAUCUUACCCUCCUUUCAAUACAAUCAAGUCAUAUAAAAACGACAUCUCUACGUGUAUUGAUCCAAUUGAAGACUAUAAUAAUGCUACAACAGUCAUAACUCUUAAAGAGAAAGGGAAUAAUAAGAACACGGAUUUGACAAACUCUACGAAAUACAGAAGCCAAGUUGAUCGAUCUAUAGAAACUGAUGGAUCGUUAUUAUUGAUUACUAAGAAGCGAUCAUCCGUAUCGAUUAAUUCAGAUAUAGCAAUGGUUGUCAACUUAAAUGCGCAUGAAGCCUUCAAUCAAACUGAUGAAUUGGAACAAGCAGAUACAGAAGCAAAUAUAAAUUACAAUAAUUCAUUGGAAAUAUCUUGUGAUGACAGCUCUUUAUUUAGUUACGACGUAGACUUUUACAAACCGCAUGCAGUAGAGACAGAGUCCGGGGAGUAUGGAUAUCCUCAGUCAAAACACACUAUACGAAUGGUAAAGCCAAAAGUGUCUAGAAGACGUCCCAGUAAUGGAGGUCUGGAGGAAGUCACCUCGCAUCAUAACAUUGGAGUGAUUACGUCAAAUAAUAUGAUGACACCAGCAAGAGGAAAUAAAAACACUAAUAGAAAUAUAGUUUAUACGUCUGAUAAAUCGGGUGAUACACUGUCCAGUGAUAUUCGUUCAUGCGAUUACAGCAAGUUACUGAUGUCAUCAAGCGCUGAUACAGAAGACCAAGAUGAUGAUGACAAGGAUGUUAGCACGGAAGCGAUGGCACAAUUCAACGAUUUGACAAAAGAAACAUCAAGAUAUCUAUGCAGUCGACAGUACGACACAAAUGCACAUGGUACAUAUACUGGAAGUUCAUUUUUUAUAGAAGCUACUGACAGGGAUACAAAUACGAACAUAUGCGAUAUCUAUAUAGACGCAGUUAUUUAA